AUGUGGAGUGCUCGUUCGACAUGUCUCAGAGCCGCUAAUUUCAGGCCGAUAGCUCGCAAGGGCGCGUGGAGGUCGCUCCAUGCAGCCGCUGGGUCAAGUGCUGGCGGCACCAAGGACCCAAACGUCUACUGCAGAGAUUUUGUCAGGACACACGACUAUGAAUCGUACCUUAUCUCGCAGUUCUAUCCGAAAGAAAAGCGGAACGGCUAUUUCGCGCUGAAGGCUUUCUAUGACGAGCUAGCGAUGGUCCAGGACUCGGUGUCGAACGUUAUGCUCGGAAAAAUGAGGAUGCAGUUCUGGAGGGACGCCGUUAAGAGUUUGGCAGACGGUAGGCCGCCGCACCAUCCAAUCGCUCUUGCAUUGCAUGAAUCAUACAAAAGCGCGAACAUAUCGCCGUAUCACCUCAAAAGAAUCAUAGACGCGAGGGACAAUGAAUUGGAAGGCCCAGCUCAUAUGACCAUGGACUCUUUGAUCGCACACGCUGAGUCCACCUCAUCGACCUUGUUCUACCAGCUUCUUUCGCUUCUGGAUGUGUCGUCUGAGGCGCUCUCGCACGCCGCGUCUCACCUUGGCGUUGCCCAUUCGCUGGCCAUAUUAUUACGAGCACUACCAUACCACGCGUCAAAGGGGCGUAUGGUGAUCCCCGCUGAAAUCACCGCGAAACACGGCGUGAGCCAGGAAGACGUGUUCCGGAGGGGCCCUGGGGCAGAAGGGAUCGACAACGCCGUGUUCGAGUUCGCCACUGCGGCGAACGACCAUCUCCUUACGGCGAGGGAGAUGUUCAAAGAGACAGGGGGAAAGGUGCCCCAAGCGGGGAUGCCCGUGUUCGCGAGCGGCGUCUACGUCGCGUCGUAUCUGGAGCGGCUAGAGCGGGCGAAUUUCGAUGUGUUCGAGGGGUCGCUGCAGGUGCGAGAGUGGAGGCUGCCGUGGCGCGUCUGGCGUAGUUACCACAAAUGUACCUUUUGA